UUUCGUCAUCAUCCCCCAACAUCUCUCUCUCGCUCUCUCUCUCUCUCUCUGUCUCUCUGUCUCCGUCAGUCCAGUCAAGAGUCGAGCUUUGGUGGUGGUGCAACGCGCACAGAGCGCGAGCGCGAACCAGGUUCUCUCUCUCUCUCUCUCUCUCUCUCUAGGUUCAUCCUCCGGCGGGUCCCAUCCGAUGCCAUGACCCAAUCGUCGGCCAUCCCGGACGGCCGGCACCGCCCCCCGCCGCCGCGGGCCACCCCGUUCCGCCGCUCCCUCUUCCCGCCGAAUUCCUCCGGCCCCGGCGGCGGGGUGGCGCGCCGACGGCCCCCUCCUUCCCCCACGACCACUGCCGCCCCCGGACCCCGCCCCCCCGCCGACCGCCCCCCGCCGCCCUGCUUCAUCGUCGAGCUCCGCCUCCGCCACCAGCUCCCACGCGGCUGCGCCAGGCCGGGGCUGCAGGCCCUGGUCGCGAGCUGCCGGCCCCGGCCCGCCAAUUCGACCUUCUACGCGUCGGACGACGUGGUGGCGGCGCUCUAUUUCGAGCGGUGGGAGGACGCGCGGGACGCGGCCCUGCAUCUCUGGGAGUCCCGCGUCGCCGGCGCGCACCCGUUCUCGCCGGAGCUCGCGUCGUCGAUCACCCUGCCUGCCGCGAAACAGGAGGUCGAGGAGAGGCUCAAGGCCUUGUUUCUUGAUCGAAUUGGGGCGUUGAUGGAGGGAGAGGUGGUGAGAAAAUGGGAGGUGAAAUUGGGCGAUGUAAUCGUUGAGAUUGAAAAAGUGAAAAAAUUUAUGAGGUCGAGGAUGAUGAAUCUCAGGAUUUUCGGAGAACUGAGCAAGAAGGAGAAGGGGCUUUCUACGGAGCGCGAGGUGAUUGAGAAGAAGCUCAUGGAGUUUAAGUCUGCGAUGCUUUGCCUAAGGGAUCACAUUGAAGGGAAUGCUGUUGAGGAGACUCUGCAGGUCUUCAAGUUUGAGAGUGGCCAUGUGGAUUGGUCUAGGAUUCAUCAGUUGAUUCUGAGGGAGUGUAAGAGGCUCGAUGAUGGCUUGCCCAUCUAUGCCUGCCGGCAGGGCAUUCUUCAGGAAGUUUAUAAUCAGCAGAUAAUGGUAUUGAUAGGAGAAACUGGUUCUGGGAAAAGUACCCAGUUGAUUCAAUAUCUUGCUGAUUCAGGAGUGGGUGCAAAUGGUUCCAUAGUAUGUACUCAACCUCGCAAGAUUGCUGCAAUCUCCUUAGCGGAGCGGGUCAGAGAUGAAAGUGUUGGUUGUUAUGCAGGCAAUUCGGUUGUCUGUGAUCUGACAUUUUCCUCUUCUCAAUUUCUGAAGUCAAAGGUUAUAUACAUGACCGAUCACUUUUUGUUACAACACUACAUGUGUGACGAGAAUUUAUCUGGGAUUUCCUGCAUUAUUAUUGAUGAGGCACAUGAAAGAAGCUUGAGCACAGAUCUCCUUUUGGCAGUAAUUAAAGAUUUACUUUGUCGGAGGCCUAAUUUGAGGCUUAUCAUAAUGUCCGCAACAGCUGAUGCAGACCAGCUCUCAGAAUACUUCUAUGGGUGUGCAAUAUUUCGUGUUAUGGGUAGAAACUUUCCGGUAGAUAUCAGAUAUGUGCCACCUUCAUCUGCUGGGGCAAAUUCUACCGGGGUUAUCGCAUCCUAUGUUGUCGAUGUUCUGAGGAUGGCUAGUGAGAUUCACGGGAGAGAGAGAGAAGGGACCAUUCUCGCCUUUUUAACUUCUCAAAUGGAAGUAGAGUGGGCUUGUGAUAAUUUUGAAGCUCCAUCUGCAGUUGCGCUGCCCUUACAUGGGAAGCUUGCUUAUGAAGAGCAGUUUCGAAUUUUCCUGGAGUAUCCAGGGAAAAGAAAGGUAAUAUUCUCCACAAAUCUCGCUGAGACAUCACUUACCAUUCCCGGAGUUAAGUACGUGAUUGAUUCCGGUUGGGUGAAAGAAAGCAAGUUCGAACCAGGCACUGGAAUGAAUGUUCUCAAAGUUUGCAGGAUUAGCCAAAGUUCUGCCAAUCAAAGAGCUGGUCGAGCGGGGAGAACGGAACCUGGACGGUGUUAUAGGCUCUAUGCCGAGUCUGACUUUGUCUCGAUGCCCCUCAGCCAGGAUCCUGAAAUUCUUAGGGUGCAUCUAGGCAUUGCUGUUCUGAGGAUCCUCGCUUUGGGAAUUUAUGAUUUGCGGGAUUUUGAUUUUGUUGAUGCUCCCUCUGACAAAGCUAUUGACAUGGCCAUCAGAAAUCUUGUUCAGUUGGGGGCCAUUACUGUGAUUAAUGGUAUUUAUGAGUUGACAGAUGUGGGCAGGUAUUUGGUUAAGGUUGGAGCUGAACCUCGGCUAGGUAAGUUGAUCUACAGUUGCUUUCGUCAUGACUUGGGCAGAGAAGGUGUUGUUCUUGCUGCUGUGAUGGCAAACGCAAGUAGCAUAUUUUGCAGAGUUGGUAGCGAUACUGACAAGCUUAAAUCUGAUUGCUUGAAGUUGCAGUUUUGCCAUCGUGAUGGCGAUCUGUUCACUCUUCUGUCUGUUUACAAAGCAUGGGAGUCUGUGCCUCGAGAAAAGCAGAAUCUGUGGUGUUGGGAGAACAGCAUCAAUGCCAAGUCAAUGAGAAGAUGCCAAGAGACAGUUAAGGAAUUUGAAGAUUGCCUUAGAAGGGAACUCAACAUUACAGUCCCAUCUCUUUGGCAUUGGGAUCCUUAUAAGCCUAAUAAGCUUGAUGACCUUCUAAAGAAAGUUAUACUUUCCUGUCUUGCUGAAAAUGUUGCCAUGUACUCUGGAUGUGAUAAACUUGGUUAUGAAGUGGCUUUGACUGGUCAGCAUAUACAAUUACACCCUUCAUGUUCGUUAUUAUCGUUUGGGCAGAAGCCGAGAUGGGUCGUUUAUGGUGAAAUCAUAUCAUUGUCUACUCCAUAUCUGGUUUGUGUGACGGCUUUUGAUUUUGACUUUUUGUGUACACUCUGCCCUCCUCCCUUGUUUGAUUUUGAAAGGAUCGAGAGUCGGAAGUUGCAAUCGAGGGUAUUGACUGGUUAUGGCAGUACUCUCUUGAAGAAGUUUUGUGGGAGGUCCAACUGUAGCCUUCAAUUCCUGAUAUCACAUGUUCGGGAAGAGUGUAUGGAUGAACGGGUGACUGUUCAAGUCAAUGUGGAUCAAAAUGAGGUUUCAGUAUUUGCUUCUUCUCAGGAUAUGAAAAAAGUUUUUACUCUUGUCAGCGACUCACUGGAGUGUGAAAAGAAGUGGUUGCUGAAUGAAUGCAUUGAAAAGUGCUUAUAUCAUGGCCCAGGCAAUUCAGCCCCCGUGGCACUGUUUGGAGCUGGUGCUGAGAUUAGGCAUUUGGAACUGGAUAAAAACUUUUUGACCGUUGAUGUAUGUCAUCCAAAUGUUAAUUCUGUCGAUGAUAAGGAGCUUUUGGUUUUUCUUGAAAAACACGCACAAGAUAGCAUUUGUGCUGUCCACAAAUUUACAGGCAGCUUUCCAGAUGGUGACGACAAGGACAGAUGGGGCAGGAUAACUUUUGCUACCCCUGAGGCUGCCAAACGAGCUGCUGAGAUGAAAGAAGUUGAAUUUGGCGAUGCCAUGCUGAAGUUGCAUCCGUCGCGGUCAUUUUUGGGAAGUGAUAAUAAGUUUUACUUGUUUCCUGCUGUCAGAGCAAAAGUCUACUGGCCACGGAGGGAGAGUAGAGGUUUUGGCAUAGUGAAAUGUGAUGUCCGUGAUGUGCCUACCCUGGUUUUUCAGUUCUCUAACUUAGUUAUAGGGGGCCAAUAUACUCGUUGUGAUGCUGGCAAAGAUUGUCAGGGCAGUGUAGUUAUUAGAGGACUUGGAAAAGAGCUUUCGGAAGCUGAAAUUUUGGAUGAGUUGAGGAGAGCCACUAACAGGAGAAUCCUUGAUUUUUUCCUGGUUAGAGGGAAGUUUGUGGAGAAUCCUCCAAUCAACGCCUGUGAAGAGGCACUCCUGAGAGAGAUCACUCCUUUCAUGCCCAAAAAUAAUCCUCGAGUGAGUCAUUUCAGUGUUCAAGUCUUUCCACCUGAUCCUAAAGAUGCCAAUAUGAGGGCUUUGAUCACCUUCGAUGGCAGAUUGCAUUUGGAGGCUGCAAAAGCUUUGGAGCAAAUUGAAGGAAAGGUAUUGCCUGGUUUUUUGCCGUGGCAGAAGAUAAUAUGCCAGCAAUUGUUUCACACCUCGUUAUCAUGUCCUGCACCUGUCUAUUAUGUUAUCAAAGAGCAACUGGAAGAUUUGCUUGCAAGUUUCAAGGACAUUGAAGGGGCAGAAUGUCAUUUGGAAAGGACUUUAAAUGGUUGCUUUCGAGUGAGAAUAUCUGCCAAUGCAACAAGAACUGUGGCAGAGAUGAGAAGACCUGUGGAAGAGCUUGUGAGAGGGAAGACUGUUGACCACCCUAGUCUCAGUCCUGCUGUAGUACAGAUUCUUUUCUCCAGAGAUGGUAUCAAUCUCUUGAAACCACUCUCGCGACAGACUGGAACCUGGAUAUUAUUCGACAGGCACAUGUUGAAAUUGAGGGUGUUUGGAUCUUCAGAGAAAAUUGCUGCAGCGGAGGAGAAACUCAUCACAGCCCUUGUAAACCUUCAUAAGAGCAAGCAACUUGAAAUUCGACUUCGUGGUAGGGAUCUGCCACCUGAACUGAUGAAGGAAGUUGUCAAGAAAUUUGGGCCCAACCUUGAUGGACUUAAAGAAAAGGUACCCGAUGCUGAAAUCUGUCUUAAUGCCUGUCGCCACAUCAUCUUUAUGAAGGGCAAUAAGGACAUGAAGGAAAAGGCGGAGGAGAUUAUCUAUGAUUUGGCAAAGACUAUUGGUGCUUCGUCAGAGACACCUGAUGAAGUGGUGGUAGCAGCAGAAGAUUCCUGCCCAAUUUGCUUUUGCGAGGUUGAGGAUGGCUACCAGCUUGAGGGCUGUUCACAUCGAUUCUGUCGGGCCUGUUUGGUGGAGCAGUGUGAAUCUGCUAUUAGAAACCUCGAUAGUUUUCCCAUUUGCUGUGCUCACGAGGUUUGUGGGGCUCCUCUCUUGGUUACUGAUUUGAGAUCAUUAUUGUCAGCUGAGAAAUUGGACGAACUCUUUCGUGCCUCUUUGGGUGCAUUUGUUGCGUCGAGUGGGGGGUUAUACCGCUUUUGCCCCUCCCCGGACUGUCCUUCAGUUUAUCGAGUCACAGGUCCUGGGAUACUCCCAGAGCCGUUUCUCUGUGGAGCCUGCUAUGCCGAGACUUGUACCAGGUGCCACUUGGAGUAUCAUCCAUAUGUCUCCUGUGAGAGGUAUCGCGAGUACAAGGAGGAUCCUGAUAUGUCUCUCAAGCAGUGGUGUUCAGGGAAAGACCAUGUGAAGGAAUGUCCACGGUGUGGGUAUACAAUAGAGAAGGUAGAUGGGUGCAACCAUAUAGAGUGCAAGUGUGGAAGGCACCUGUGCUGGGUGUGCUUGAGAAUAUUCAAAACCAGCGAGGAUUGCUACGACCAUUUGAGGUCCGUUCAUUUGGCCAUUAUUUGAAUUUUGGGUACUUGUGGUUAUAAGCAGCUCAGUUUCAUGUUAUUUAUGUAAAUAUCGUCAAUGUAUAUAGUUCAUCUGAAGGCCCAAAAGAAAAGAAAAUCAUCUAGUCAAUUAGACUUAUAGUACUAGCUCUUAGACUUAUAGUGCUAGCUCCUGGUCCGUGACAUGUUUCAAUAAUUCUCUCUCUCUCUCUCUC